AUGUCUUCUUUCACUGCCAGCCUGACGGGUCGCGAGCGCUCGAGAUGGCCGCCGCUUACCCGCAUGCUCAUGUCUGGUGAAAUGUCCGAGGAGAAGGGGCGCGAGUUGACACGGAAAGAGAAGUUUGACGUGUGGAUGGUCAACGAGGGUUACCGAAGAUUCUUCGUUUUUACUUUUGCCGUUCUCCACGUUUUCGUCUUUGUCUUUGCCAUGAUGAACUACGGCCUCAAGGACAACCUCCUCAACGCAAGAUCAGUCUUUGGUCUGACGUAUCCCAUUGCUCGUUCAGCUGCGCUUGUGCUCCAUGUUGACGUAGCCUUUAUCCUGUUCCCUGUAUGCAGGAAUCUCAUCUCCAUUGCCCGUCGUACGCCUCUCAACGACGUAAUUCCCUUUGACAAGAACAUCACCUUCCACAAGCUGGUCGCCUGGUCCAUUGUCUUCUUCUCCUGGGUUCACACCAUUGCCCAUUGGAACAACCUGGCCCGCUUCUCCGCCCACAACAACCUCGGAUUCAUGGGUUUCAUUCUCGCCAACCUCGCCACCGGUCCCGGCUGGAGUGGCUACGUCAUGUUGAUUUGUCUGAUGGCUAUUGCACUCACGGCGGCCGAAAGUCCUCGUCGUGCAAACUUUGAGCGUUUCUGGUACAUGCACCACCUCUUCAUCGUCUUCUUCCUGUUCUGGUCCAUCCACGGUGCUUUCUGCAUGAUUACGCCCGACUUUGCGCCCUUUUGCGCUGGUAUUGCCGUCUUCUGGGAGUACUGGAUGUAUGGAGGAUUUGCAUACUUGGGUGAGCGUAUCGCCCGUGAGAUCAGGGGCCGACACAAGACGUACAUUUCCAAGGUUAUUCAGCACCCUAGCAACGUUUGCGAAGUUCAAAUCAAGAAGGAGCACACAAAGACGCGUGCUGGACAGUACAUCUUCUUGUGCUGCCCCGAAAUCUCCAUCUGGCAAUACCAUCCCUUUACCCUUACUAGCGCGCCCGAGGAAGACUACAUCUCGGUUCAUAUUCGUAUGGUCGGUAACUUUACCAAGGCCUUUGGAAAGGCGCUUGGCUGCAACCUCGACAAGAAGGGACCCAGCGAGAAGAGCGAAAAGGGCGAGUCCAGCGAAGAGAUUGCUCUGCGCCAAAUUCUUCCCCGUGUCUACAUUGACGGACCUUUUGGUUCCGCCUCCGAAGAUGUGUUCAAGUUCGAAGUUGCCGUGCUUUGCGGUGCAGGUAUUGGUGUUACUCCUUUCGCCUCCAUCCUCAAGAGUAUCUGGUACCGCAUGAACUACCCUCAAGGAUCGCGCACUCGUCUGAGGAAGGUUUACUUCUUCUGGAUUUGCAGAGAUUUCGGCUCCUUUGAGUGGUUCCGUUCGUUGCUCCUGGCUAUUGAGGCUCAAGAUGUCGAUGACCAUAUUGAGAUCCACACUUACCUCACCGCAAAGAUCAAGGCCGACGACGCAACCAACAUUAUGAUCAACGACGCAAACGCUGAACAGGAUGCCAUUACUGGUCUUCGCGCCCCGACCAACUUUGGUCGUCCCAACUGGGACAUGAUCUUCAAGUCGAUUCGUAAGAUCCAUGCUCCCGCCGAAGCAGGUGUCUUCUUCUGCGGUCCCAAGGGUCUUGGAUCCACGCUCCACAUCAAGUGCAACAUGUACUCUGAGCCUGGCUUCAGUUACGUGUGGGGCAAGGAGAACUUCUAG